AUGAGAAAAGCUGCUAAUGCUCAAGUAGCUAGGAGUAGAUCAAGGUUGAGAAUUAUCAAAUCGGCAUACGAAGAGAUCAACUUGGAAUUCGGUCGUUUGAUAGCUUGCGAAACUAGGAACAUCCAACCCAGACGAUUGGAUAAAGUUCGUGAGUUGGCUAAAAGUGAAGAGGAACAAGUGACCGCCGCUCGUUCAAACGAAAAAGGAAAAGGAACAUUGUUCACACGUAAAGGGAAAGACAUUGUAUCCCCUCUCAACUUUUAUUCGAUCCAUCUUUGUUCCAUCACCGAUCCAUCGGAAUUAGAAGAGGAAUACUCUGUCGAAUACGAACAAUUCAAAAUCAUAUGUCAUCAAGCUGGGAUACCCAUACCGAAACUGAAAACAAAGACCAAAGGCGAGAUCGAUGGCGAGAAGAGAGGGAAAAGGAAAGGUAAAAUGUGUGGUAGAUGUUUUUUAAAGUCGAAAUCGGAUAAGAAGAGGAAGUUUGAUAGUGUCAUUUGUCGUCGUUGUCAUGAUGAUUUUACCGAUGAGGACCAAGAGGACGAUGAAGAGGAUGAGGAGGAAGAAGAAGAAGAUUGA